GUGUGUAUGAGGACAAGUUUGAACGUAAAAGCGCUGUUCUGUGUUUACUGUUUAGUGUUUACAGUAGAGAAAAUGUACGAAGCCCAGACGAUAAACGCUGAACAUAAGGAUCUCAUACAUGAUGUUGCAUAUGACUACUACGGUGAAAGAAUGGCCACAUGUUCAAGCGAUCAAUUUGUUAAGGUAUGGGAUCAAGACGAACAUGGUAAAUGGCAGAUGACUGCUAGCUGGAAGGCACAUAGUGGAUCAGUGUGGAAAGUAACAUGGGCUCAUCCAGAAUUUGGCCAAGUGUUGGCAACAUGUUCUUUUGACCGUACUGCUGCCAUCUGGGAAGAAAUAGUGGGUGAGGGUUCUGUACCUGGAGAACGUGGCAUGCGACACUGGGUAAGGAGAACAAACUUAGUUGAUUCACGAACUUCAGUCACUGACGUUAAAUUUGGACCAAAAUCUCUUGGUCUUUUGCUGGCAACAUGUUCUGCAGAUGGUGUUGUUCGUAUAUAUGAGGCUCCAGAUGUUAUGAAUCUGAGUCAGUGGACACUGCAACAUGAAAUAUCGUGUAAGCUUUCAUGCAGUUGUGUGUCAUGGAAUCCAUCAUUUUCCAGGUUACAUCCUCCUAUGUUGGCUGUUGGGAGUGAUGAUACAACUGUAUCAUCUGGAGGCAAGGUGUUCAUUUAUGAAUAUAAUGAAUGCAGCCGGAGAUGGGUGAAAAUUGAAACAUUAUCUACAGUAACAGAACCAGUACAUGAUAUUGCAUUUGCACCAAAUCUUGGGAGAAGUUACCACUUGCUUGCAGUUGCAACAAAAGAUGUUCAGAUUUAUAAACUUAAUCCCUUACCUGACAAAGGUACCCAGAGCGGUUUAACAAAACUGGAAGUCUCAUUGCAAGCACAAUUUGAAGACCACUACUCAACAGUGUGGCGUGUCUGCUGGAAUGUUACUGGAACUAUGUUGGCUUCUUCGGGAGAUGAUUGUUGUGUUCGUUUGUGGAAAGCUAAUUUUGCAUCAGAGUGGAAAUGCGUGGCUGUACUGAAAGGCGACGGUUCACAAGUGAAGACAGACAUCUCCUCACCAGCACAGGCGACACCAGCCCUGUCAGGAGUUUCACCAGGAGUCGGUGCAGUUGCAGUCUUAGCAGGAGCAGCACUGGUUGCUGGUGGUGGAGGUAGUGGUUCUGGUGGUGGCUCAGCACAACAGACCAGUGCUGCAAGAGGGGACCGGAGAGAGGAAGCUCCAGCCAACACUAGGAGAGUCCCUGGGAGCACCGCAAUGCAUAGGGGUUUGCCAGGAGCAGCCUCCAUACGACCAUCUGAUGAUACAGUAUCCACACAUUCUGGCAGUAAGUGGCAGGCACCAGUGAUGAAGGGGAGAUUCCAGAAGAUGACUUGGCUGGGAUCUGAUCCCCCUCCACCACCUCCACCAGCUGUCAAGACAAGGCCUUUCAAGAAAUAGACUGAUAUGAGUAAUGAUGUCUUCUACAUGUCUACACCUCUUAGACUUCCACAUAUUAUUUACGCUGAUGUAAAUAAUAUUUUAUACUGAUGGGAGAUGCAGUACAAGUAGUACUGUUUCAGUCUGUAAGACCUCUGUAUUUGUCCCACAAUUUGUGAAUAUUUUAUGACUCCUCAAUAAUUAAAUAAU